UGCGAUCAUACCGUGUUCGUAGCUCGUAACAUUAACGACUCGUUUUUCAAAUUGUAGCUUCGUUGCGGAAAGUGAUCGCGGACUACAGAUACAACAAAAAGAAAUAGAUAUCUGUAAGAUUUACUAUUAACAGCAACAAUACGAAGGGAGAUAUAGAUACGAGAAGAAAGUGAAUAAAAUAACAUAAAUACAGUUUAGUUUAGAAAUUCAACAAACAAGUGAACUGCAGAAAAUCGCAAAGCAAAAAAAAACAACAAAGUUGUAUACUAAAUUAAAUAAAUACAAAUAAAUUAUAACCAACAACAGUCCUAACUGAAACAGUGAAUUUUUAAAUACAUAUUGAGUAAUCACAGUAAAAAUAAAUUUCUCAAUAAAAUCACGCGAAAGUGUAUACAAAUCCGAAUUGGAAAAUUAAAAAAAAAAAAAAAAAAUAUUGUAAUCAUUUGUAUAAAAGCGCGCAGCAAAAAUUAUAUACAACUGUUAAAGAAAAAUACCAGAGCAACAGGAAUUUGCCCUCAAACAAACAUAUACAGCAGCGCGAGAAAACGUACCGACACACACACACAUGCAUAUUUCUGAAAUGAAAAAAUAAUAAAUAAUUAAUUUUUUAUGGAAUGGAAUGCAGCAACAGAGAUAGCGCUAGCUGCCGACGCCUGGGGGCCGUGCGCGUAAACGAGACGCCGACAAGUUGGAGCAGCGCACGAAUUCAAUUUUGAAACGAUCCAACAGCGAACAGCAUAUAACAAGCAACAGCGCAAGCACGCGCGCGCGCAGUGGGGGAGAACGAAAGUAUGGUGUCCAUGCCUACCACAUACAUAUGUAUGUACAACUGAAAGAGGGAGCACGCCAGAGAGACUCUAAGUAAUGCGAAAUCGACGCGAUCAACGUGCAGCGCCAACGACUAGUGACUAACUUCAGCGCGUUAGUGUGCGAGAGAGCGCGCAUUAAAUAUUGCGAGUGCAGAGUGCGCCACCAAAACAACGCCCCAACCGCCCGCGCCUACCGCAAACACAAACACAUGCAUAGCCGCGCGCUAUUGGCACCAAACAGCCAACAGCAGCAAGCAGCAAGUAGUCAGCGGUGAGCAGCCAUCGUGGCCAAGUUACACACGUAUCUAACUAAACUAGCAGCCCAUAGACAGCCAUAGCUAUAGCUAGCUAGCGCGCUAACGCCCGCAAAACGAUCGCAUUGACACACACACAUACACACAUGCACCGCAGCAAGUAGCGCGAACGCGCGUUUAUACACUUAUUAGUAGUAGCGCGUUUGUGGCGAGCGCGUCGUGUACAAGGCAAGGAAUUUUUGUGCGCGACUCACGUACUUAAAUAAAUUAAUAUAAAUCUAUCUAGUGUGCCGUACAUAUUUACAUGUAAAGCGCUUUGUUUUGGUUAUGUAGACCUGUGUAUCUCAUGGUUGAUGUGUUGUUACAAUUCGCAAUUUGCAUAUCUACCAUACAUACAAAUACAAAUACAAAUAUACAAGUGUACAUGUCAGCUAACAAAACGCGCGUGUGUCUGAAGUGAACGAAUCAUACAUAUAAAUAUAUGCAUAUAUAAUAUUAUUAUAAUAACCGAUUUGUCGUAAAUCACAAGUGAAUUGAGUGCAAAGUGUGAGAAAAAAUAAGUAAAAAAUUGUUUCAAAUUGUUUGAAAACAACUGUGCUGAAUAUGAAAUAAAGUGCCAGCCAGCCAGUCAGCCAUUAUAAAGUGAAAACAGUGCAAGCAAACGAAAAAUUUGUGAAAAUUAAUUGAAAGUUUGAGAAGAAAAAAAAAUUGUAGUGUGAUACUCUGCAUAAGAAAAAAUAUAAAGCAAGCGGUUGCCGCCCCACAGCUUAAUUGCCCAUUCAUCAAAUAGCAUACAGUGCGCCGCACAGCACGCUGAUUAGCGCUUGCGAUUGCAAAUUGCAGUAGCGCAGCAGCAACGACCCACAAACAACAACAACAAACACACUCUUGCAAAAAUACAGUGCAUUUCACCAAAUUAAACGUCGCUGCCCUACAUAUGCACAUAAAUACUAGCUUAGCAGCCAGGAGUUAUGCGCCAGCAAGCAAGUGUUUGCGUCUAACAACAAUAAUAGCAACAACAACAACAGCAGCAGAUAAAAAGAUAACAGUGCCAGUGCAAGCAAAAAAAUAAAGGCAACAACAGCGAAAUUAUUAGCGCGGCGAAUAUGUUGUCGCCAGCGCAAACGCCAUCACAAACAACAACAACAGCAACAAUAAAAAUAAACACAUGCUCAACGUCAUCAGCGUCAUCGUCGCCGCCAACAUCAACGUCAGCGAGUGAAUUGCUGUUGUGCUAGUCUACGGAGUCUUGUCGUAAAUUGCCUGCAUUUGACAAGCAUUUCCAACGUUAGUAACGUUAAUAAUAGCAACAACAAAAACAACAAUAACACGAGUAGCGGUAACGCGCUUAGUGACAAUAUUCAGACAGCAUUUGCAACGAAAAUAACCGCUUACAAGCGAGCAACAACAAUUUUUGCACACGACAACAAACGACUUGUUGUUGUUGUUAUUGUCGCCAUUUAUGCAUUUUAGCGCAACAUUUAUAUAUAGUAUAUAGAUUGUUGUUGCUGCUAUUGCAUAUACAGACAUAUCCACGACGUUUACGGUUUAAGUGACGCCGCCGCGCGCCCAGUUGCCAACGUGCAGAACCGCUUCAGCAGCCGGUGCCACCGUUUUUCUUGGCAAUCAUAAAAAUAUUUUCUCGUCGACAACGUGCAGGAAUUUCAAAUUGAAAUUAUGCCAAAACAACAGCCACAAUACCACCACCACCAUCAGCUCCAACAACAGCAACAGCAUAACCAACAGCAACAACACCACAUUCACCAACAGCAACAACAGCACAAUCACACAACGACACAUCAUGGCGAAUACCCGCUGCCAGAUGGCUGGGAUAUCGCCACCGAUUUCGAUGGGAAAACCUACUACAUCGAUCAUAAUACGAAGAAGACAACGUGGCUGGAUCCGCGCGAUCGUUAUACCAAACCACAGUCGUUCGAAGAUUGUGUCGGCGAUGAGCUGCCGCAUGGCUGGGAGGAAGCUUACGAUCCACAUAUAGGACGCUACUAUAUCAAUCACAUAGAACAGUCGACGCAGCUGGAGGAUCCGCGGCAGGAAUGGAAGAGCGUGCAAGAGCAGAUGCUGAGCGAUUACUUGUCGGCCGCACAAGAUCAGUUGGAGAACAAGCGUGAACUGUAUGAUAUUAAGAAGCAGCGCUUACAGAUAGCGCAGGAGGAGUAUAAUCAGCUGAACAAAUUGGCGACCAGCAGAAGUAGUUUGUGUUCCUCUUCGAGCUCAAUGAGUCGACACGAUCCCGAUUUGUUGCGCGCCGAGGUCGCCACGUCGUGGGAGCGUGUACGUCUGCUGCGGCAGGAACUGAAGCACAUCACACACGAUAUUACACACACGCAGCGCGGCAUGAAUACGCUGUAUUCGGUGGGCGAGAAGAUCAAUGCACGCCAGAAUGGCUGCUAUGACAUCGCCGAAGUGCAGGCCAUACGCGAGGAGAUGCUUAAGGUGCACAAGUCCCUAGUGUCCGGUGAGAAGGUGCGCGAAGAGCUGAUGCGCAGUUUGGUGGAGAUUAAGAAUGAGCUGAGUCGCCAACAGAUCAACGAUGAGAAUGCUGAGCUGAUGAAUGCCGCCUCACCGUUCGAUCGAGUUUGUGUCGCUUCGCAAACCGAUCUGUGUGGCGCUGGCGAUAUGAAUAGUGGCGCACGUUUUGCCGAGAUGGCGAAGACGAAGUUGCAGUACUCAGAGUGGCGUAAACAUAUCAAGAAACUGCAACAGCAGUUGGUGGAUCAUGUGGAGCGUAUCGAUCCCGGCCAAUUGGAGUCGGAUAAGGAUCGCAUUCUGUUGAUACAGGAAAAAGAAAAACUACUGAACGAUUUGAAUAGCAUUUCGACGGAGUCACGCCCACAUGAGGAGGUGCACGUCAUACAGCAAACACGCCGUAAGCUGGAGGAAGAUCUGAAAGAGGCGUAUGAGGCUACAAAUCAAUGCAUAGCGAAACGUUUGCGUUUCCACGAGGAGAAGCAGUUGCUGGUUGGUGAACUGCAGGAAGCGCUCAAAUCUACAAAGAAACUGGAGGAACGUCUCAAGUCAUUCUCAUCGGAGAGCACAUUCUCCAUUAGCAGUGGUUCUAGUCUGGGUUCAUUGUCGACGGCGAGCAGCAAGAGCGCGCUCAGCUUCACCGACAUCUAUAUCGAUCCAUUCGCAGUGGAUUCACAAAUCGAUGUGAUCGAUCUGCAGCGUCGCUCACAGCGUUUCUAUCAACAGCAACAACUGCAAGCCGCGCAGGCACAGUUACAGCUGCAACACCAACACCAACAACAACAACACCAGUCACAAAUGCAUGCGCAUCCACAGUUACAGCAGCAGCCCUCGUCGGAGUUGUCGCUUUCGCCGCGUAGCAGCCUCUCAAUGGAAACACCACCCGCCUCGCCCAUGAAAUACAAUGCCAAUGCCGAUCAAGUGGCGAUCACCAGCCAAAGGCUCAAGGAGGAGCCAACCUAUGCCAACACACCUGCAGGAGCCGCUUUGCCACCACUCUAUCAGCCAAAUCCUGCUUUGGCCGCUGCAAUGGUACGUACACAUGCACAGGAUUUGGACUCAACACUGCUGGACUGCAUGGUGUUGGAGGCCAAACUGCAAAAACUCAAUUUAUCCGCGCCACUUAACCUGCCCGCUGCGCCGUUGUCGCCAAUUUCGGAGAAGCCAUCAUUGCUGGAUCUGCCGCAAGAGAUGCUCAGCCGUUCGUCAUCCUCCUCGAAUACACGUUCCGUGUCCGCGGCGGUAAGCAAUGAAUCAGUCGCUGGUGACUCUGGCGUUUUUGAAGCUUCACGCGCACAUUUCCCGCGCAAGGAGCUGGCGCAAGUGCAGAUCGGGCUGAAGUAUCUGAAGGAUAAGGGUGUACUAGUCGUAUCGCUAGAACGUGCGAACAAUCUCUCAGCGCUAUGGACUGCGACCGCGGACAAUUCACAAGUUUAUUUACGCGCCGCUUUGUUGCCCAACUCGCUUACAUCGAUUCGCACAAAAGCCAUGUCGGACUUCCAGAAACCUGUCUUCAGCGACACCUUUGCCGUGCCUAUAACGCUCAGCAAGCUGCAGGCGAAGAGUUUACAGGUUACUGUGGUCAGCAUGACCGGACAGAAGGAGGAGAUUAUCGGCACGGUACAGAUCAGUAUGGCCGAAUUCAACGCCGACGAUUCCACACUCAAGUGGUACAACGUGCUCAGUUCUAAGUUUAUGCCAACGUUUGAGCCAUUAGAUAUGCCCUCAACAAGUGCGGCUGCCGCUGCCAAAGCUGCUGCUGCAGCAGCUGCGUCUACGGCUGCAACACCACAUGCGUCCGCAUCCAAUGUUGCCGCCACAAAUGCACCAAAUGUCGUCAAGGAAGAGUCAUCUGAUGAAUCGACCAUUACCUCGUCACAAACCUCAACGCUGACACGCAAUCAAGUGCCGCCCUUCGAGAUGCAGGCGCAAAUCACUGAAGAAAUAGAACAACUGAGUGUAAACGAUGAAGAUGAUGAAGACGAGGAGGACGAUGAUGUGGACGACGAUGACGACAAUGAGUUGGAGGAACUGUCACCUGACUUCACAAAGAAAAUGCUGGAGGCCUACAAUUGCAUCGAUCUGAUUAAGCAGGAAUAUGCGGACAAGGAGACGAACACCGAGUGCGCAUUUCCACCCGAAAAAUUACGCGCUUCACAGCAGCAACAGCAAAUGGCCGACGACAGACCGGUCAAACGUUCGCAGACAUUCACGCCCUCAGCGGCAGUCAAUAAGAAUCGCUACAUCUGCCGACUUAAUCGCUCCGACUCGGAUUCGGCAAUGCAUUUCGGCGUGACGCCACAUCCCUUCCAUCGCGGUGCUGUCGAGCGACGUUCACUGCGCUUCCACACCAAAGCGCCCAAACAAGUGACGAAACUUCGUCAUACACACAUACCAAGAACCAGUUUGGAUUUGGAACUGGAUCUGCAAGCGCAGCAUAGCAAAUUAGAUUUCCUAAAUGAUCAAAUUGCCAAAUUGCAGAACUUGAAGCUAGUUCUGGAGAAGGGUCGUGAUAAUCGCGAUCCCUUAAUUGCCGCCUGGGCUAUUGAGAAUGAAGAGUUCCAACGCUUGGUCGAGCGUGCUGAUCCGGCCAAAUGUCCGGAGGAAAAGCAAUUGAAUAAACUGUUGGUGAAAACGGCAAAAGAAAUGCACAAGUUGCGCAAAACCAAAGUGCCGAAGGGAUCACCCGAUUUGUUGUCGUUCAAAGAGAAAAUGACCUUCUUCACACGCAAGGGCCUACCAGUGCCAGACUUGCCAGAUCGCGCCGACUACGUGUUGCCCGACGCCGAUCUGAUCGAGGAGGAAGACGAAGAGGAGGACGACGAGGAGGAUAAGGCACGCGAAACAGCGAUCGCUAUCAAUACAGCGCUCGUGGCUAGCAGUAAUCGAAACAAGAAUCUCAGUGAGAAUCAUUUGGGCAUCGUCGUCAGUCGUAGGGAGUUGAACGCAGCCAAGAGUAGCGCAGCUGCGGCCGCAGCAGCAGCGGCAUCGGCAAAAGUGAAUGCGGACGCAACAAUGCCGAACACAAGUGCGGCGGCUGUGAAUAACCAAAACAGCAAUGGCGAACAGAAGGACGAGCGCUACGACUAUGUGGUCGAUCGUAAUUACGGUGUCGAAGUUUGAAGCCGCUAAGCGUUGCUUAACUGUAUAUUUUGUAGUUGUACAUAUUAUUAUUUAGUUUGUCUAUGUAAGUAUAUUUAUGCCUUGUAUAUUGAAUAUCCGCUAAAGGAUAACAUAUAACGACAGAAACAAAAAUUGUGCCUUACUCGUAGUUUUAUCAAAGUUCGAAAGAUAUCACGAAAUUAGCAAAGAUAUCUUUUGAAUUUAUGAGAUUUAGUUGUUACAUUAAUUUGCUGUACAAAAAUUGAGUAUUUGCAGACUUGCAAAAGAAAAUAGAUAUUAUAUAAAGAAUAUAGUUUUAAAACAAUGAAAUAGCGCGCAGCUGGCACUCGCACGCUGCCCGUUUAAGCAAAAAUUUUAUAAAAAAUAUUUUUUUUUUUAAAUUGAAUUUGGACCUGAAAGGGUUAUUGCAUACCCAAGACUUUAAUGUUUGAAUUGUAAACAAACUGUAAUAGAUUUUUCGAUAAACCUGCUAAAAAAGCAAAAGCAAAAACACAAACAAACACACCCAAAGGAGACGCUACAUGUCGCAGCGUGUUUAUUUAGAAUUUAAUUUCUUUUUAUUGUUGUUAAAAACAUAACUCAAUGAAAUGUAGUUAAGCUGUAACUCGUGUAAAUUUUAACAGCAGAAAAUUUAUCGCAUGCGAUUUUUUUGCAAAAUUAUCUGAAAUAUUUACAUAAAAAAUUCUUAUUUAUUUAAUUUUUUUAUACAUUAUUAUUAUAUUUUAAUAUAUUGGAAGGCUUGCGUUUUUGUUGAGCUCGAUUUUAUAAUGUUUUGUUGUAAUUUAUAUUGAAUGAUGGCAAUCCACACAUAAUUAUUACUAGUAGUUACUAUAACAAUAUUACAUAUUAGCAUACUAUUUACAUACAUACAUUUAAAAUUUAUUUAUACACUAUAUCGCUACUUAUUUAAAUAAUUAUAAUAAAUACAUACAUAUAUAUAGAAUAUUACAAAUUUUUGCGAAAAUGAAUUCACUUGAAAAUGCAAAAAAAAAAAUAUUAGAAUCUGUAUAAAAGAAAGUGGAAAACAUAUUAUUCUUGUUAAGUCUGCCACAAUUAGUUAGCGUUUGUGUUUGCAAGCAAUCAAGCAAUGGAGCAAAUAUUUUGUUGUUUUAGUUUUAGCGUAUAUAAAUAAUAACUGUAAAUAUAAAUGUAAAAAAUGCAAGUGAAAUGCAUACAAAAUUUUUGAAAAAUCGCAACUUUCUAAUAGUCAAAAAUGUAAUGAUUUCCAAAUUCGUGUUGAGUUGUUGUGUUUGAUUUGCUCUUUGCCUGAUUUGAGUUUGCAUAAUUUUUUUAAUUACUUGUGAAAUUGUAAAUCUUAGCUUAAGUGUAUUGUAUGUAUAAAAGUUGUCUUUUAAUUUAUUUUUUUUUAGUUUUUGGUGGAACUUAUGCUUGUGUUUGCGUGUUAAAAAAGAAUAUUUACCAAUGUAUGUAUAUUGUUUGAUUUAUAUGCUAUUUUAUCUAUAGUGGGUUUAUAAUUUAAGUGCAGUUGUAUGUAUGUUUGUAAUUUAGCGAAUGAAAAAUUGAAAAAAAAACAGCAAAAAUAAGUUUAACCAUUGAAAAAAUGAAAAAAAUAUGUGACUAAUAUAUGUAUAUGUAAUGGGAGUGCUUUUGUAAAGUGUAAAGUGUCGAACGGCACUUUAUAUUUAUAACUAAAUUUAGCUUAAUCAUAAACUGUAAUUCUAACUAAUGCUAUUAAACUCUCUCAUUUACUAGAUUAACUACCCCCACAAAUUACUACUCAAAUAAUUAAACAACAAAAUAAACAAAUUUAGUAAUGUACAUUGUACGAGUAUUUGUGCAAUAAACCAAAAUGAAAUUGAAAAAAAUCAAAAUAAA